UCUCCACUCCCCUCAACUCUCGCUCUCUCUUACAUUCUCAUUCUCUCUAAACACAAACAACCUUUCAACAAAACAAAAAAAGACACCAACCAAACCAAAACAAUUUUUACUACAAAAGAAUCAAAAUAGAUAACUAUUAUCAUCACUAUGGCAACAUCAACGGCUUCAUCAAACACAUGGAUUAACACCAAACUUGGUUCAUCAUCUUCAUACUCUUCUCCUUUCAAAGAUUCAAGAUCAAAUUCAAUCACUUUAAAGAAGAAAAGAUCUAUCUCCCAAAACAACAAAAUCUCAUGCUCACUUCAAACAACACUACCUUUUCCUAAACAAUACCAACCUAGUAAACCAAAAACGGUAAUUCCCACAAAAGAACCAAAACCAAACCAACCCAUAACAAAAACAUUACCAAAACAACAACAAGAACAAAAACAACACAAAUGGAACCUUCUACAAAAAGCCGCCGCCACCGCCCUCGACUUCGUCGAAACAACCUUAAUCAAACAAGAACAAAAACACCCACUACCCAAAACCUCCGACCCACGUGUUCAAAUUGCCGGUAACUUCGCCCCAGUACCGGAACACCCGGUAACCCAAUCUCUUCCAAUUACCGGCAAAAUCCCAACCAACAUUGACGGUGUUUACCUCCGUAACGGCGCCAAUCCACUUUACGAGCCAGUAGCCGGUCACCACUUCUUCGACGGAGACGGUAUGGUCCACGCCGUUAAAUUCACAAACGGCUCCGUAAGUUACUCUUGCCGCUUCACCGAAACCCACCGUUUGGCCCAAGAAAAAGCCCUGGGCCGGCCCGUUUUUCCAAAAGCCAUAGGUGAACUUCAUGGUCAUUCAGGCAUAGCACGUUUAGCACUUUACUAUGCUCGUAGCCUCUGUGGGCUUGUUGAUGGGACCCACGGAAUGGGUGUUGCUAACGCUGGUUUGGUUUAUUUCAAUAACCGUUUGUUAGCUAUGUCUGAAGAUGAUAUUCCUUAUCAUAUUCGUGUCACACCUAACGGUGAUUUAACCACCGUUUGCCGUUAUGAUUUCGAUAAUCAACUCAAAUCUACAAUGAUAGCUCAUCCCAAGGUUGAUCCAGUUGAUAAGAAUAUGUAUGCUUUGAGCUAUGACGUAGUUCAAAAGCCUUAUUUGAAAUACUUUCGUUUUGAUGCGUCCGGAGUUAAGUCUCCGGACGUUGAGAUUCCGUUGGAGCAGCCUACUAUGAUGCAUGACUUCGCGAUCACUGAGAAUUUCGUUGUUGUGCCUGAUCAACAAGUUGUGUUUAAAUUGGGUGAAAUGAUCCGUGGUGGGUCGCCUGUUGUUUACGAUAAGGAGAAAGUCUCGAGGUUCGGGGUUUUAUCCAAGAAUGCUGAAGAUUCUUCUGAGAUGAUUUGGAUUGAUGCACCAGAGUGUUUCUGUUUUCAUCUGUGGAAUGCGUGGGAAGAGCCUGAAAAUGAUGAAGUUGUGGUGAUUGGAUCAUGUAUGACACCGGCUGAUUCGAUAUUCAAUGAAUGUGAAGAGAAUUUGGAGAGUGUUUUGUCUGAAAUUCGGUUGAAUUUGAAGACAGGGAAAUCAACUAGAAGACCUAUAAUCAAAGAAUCUGAACAAGUGAAUUUGGAAGCUGGAAUGGUGAACAAGAACAAAUUGGGAAGAAAGACACAAUUUGCUUAUCUUGCUCUUGCUGAACCAUGGCCUAAAGUUUCCGGGUUCGCGAAAGUUGAUCUUUUCAGCGGCGAAGUUAAGAAAUAUAUUUACGGUGAAAACAGAUUUGGCGGGGAGCCUCUGUUUUUACCAAAUUCCGAUUCUGAGAACGAAGAUGAUGGUUAUAUUUUGACAUUUGUUCAUGAUGAGAAAGAAUGGAAAUCAGAAUUGCAGAUUGUGAAUGCUGCUACUUUGAAGCUUGAAGCUUCUAUUCAGCUUCCUUCUCGUGUUCCUUAUGGAUUUCAUGGAACUUUCAUUAAUUCAAAUGAUUUGAAGAAACAAGAAUGAUCCAGUGACUCAGUGACCCAGUGACUUAGCAGCGACUCGUUCGUGGUCUGUGAGUAGAGAUUUUACUGAGGGAUGGUUGCAGAUAAUUUCCCCGGAACCUACUACUUGUGACCCAGCGAAUCGUUCUUGGUUUGUUCGAGGAAAGAUUUUACUGAGGGAUGAUUGCAGAUAAUGUCCCCGGAAUCUACUCCUCUGUUUUUUACAGCAGCAGAUAAUAUUUUUUCUCUGCAUUCUUUUCUUAGUGUGGAAGGUUUAUUUUUUUUUGGACCAGCUUGUAGCUUUUGGUGUAGGUAGAAAAAUGAAGCUCAGCUGGUUCUUUUUUUCUUCACUUGAUGUGAAUGAAAGUAUAAAAAAUAUAUGAUGAUGAAUAUCACAGUAUAGAAAUGUGAUAUAGUAUGUGAUUACUGUUAUAGUCACUGUAAACUUAUAUUUCAGCACAGUUUUGUGUUGUAAAUAUCUGAUAUAAUGUUUAUAUUUGGCUAUUU